AUGCCAUCAGAGGACAAAGUAAUGGAAAAGGCACCUGAAGAAGAGGAGUUAGUCGAGGAAGUUGAGACCGAGACAGUACAGAUUACUUUCCCACCUAAUGAGAACGUGGGUCCAACUCUACCUACAUUACCUGCAGCUCACACUCCCACUGACGUGAGGAAUCCCUAUCCUCAACGUGUGCAGAAGAAGAAGACAGUUGCACAGUUCUCGAGGUUCUUAGAUAUAUAUAGGAAGGUGCAGAUAAACAUCCCAUUGGUGGAGGCACUACAGCAGAUGCCCAGCUAUGCCAAGUUACUGAAGGAUGUGGUUUCCAACAAGAGGAGAUGGAUGGAGUAUGAGACGGUGAAUUUGACUGAAAGCUGCAACGCCAUUAUUCAGAAGAAGCUGCCAGCUAAACUGAAUGAUCCGAGAAGUUUUACCAUCUCUUGCAUAGUGGGAGAUUGUCAAGAAGGGAGAGCGUUAUGUGAUCUGGGGGCGAGUAUCAACAUGAUGCCUUAUUCGUUCUUCCAGAAAAUGAAGAUUGGAGUGCUCAGACCCACUACUAUAUCACUGCAGAUGGCUGAUAGAACAGUGUCAUAUCCGAAGGGGAUCGUUAAAGACAUACUUGUCAAGGUCGGGGAAUUUAUUUUUCCAGCCGACUUUGUAGUACUUGAUAUGGAAGAAGAUAGGCACGUCCCACUUCUCUUAGGCAGGCCCUUCUUAGCCACAUGGAGAGCACUGAUUGAUGUGCACAAAGGAGAACUUACUCUCCGACUGAAUGAUGAGAGUAUCACAUUUUCCAUCUAUGAUGCGAUGCAGAAAUAUGAUGAUGAGGAUGCUUGGAGGUUCAAACAGUGUAACAUGAUCAAGGUGAUUGAUGAUUGUGUGAGAGAGGUAGCCCAUGCUAUCUCUUAUAAAGACAGGCUCGAGCGAUGCCUAUCGCAGUCUUUACUGGCUUCAGACAAUCUGCAAGUGUCUGAAUUUACUGAGGAGCUACUUCAUUUUGUGUGA